CUAGUAUGAAAGGAAACCCUCUUGCAGGCAGUUGCAUUUCCAGAGUCUCCCAGGAGCCUCACUCUCACACACACACAAAUCACACACGCUGUCUCAGGCCUGGAUACAGCAAUACAGUCAGUUGCUUUGAGUGAGGCUUCAGUUUGUCGUAUCUCUUCUUUUUAACACUGACAUGGAGCUCCACAGUUUACAAAGGACCACCCACACCAACCACCUGGGUGAGGAGAAGCAGCAGAUGCUGAACCUAAAUCGAAGACUCGAGACCUACCUGAACCGAGUUAAACUCUUAGAGGAGGAAAACAUGCUGCUUGCAAAGGAGAUACAAGCUAUGAGAUGCAAUAAUCACGGAGCCUUGACACGCAGGAGAGGCCUGGAGGAAGAGUUGCGGCAGGCAAGACUGGAAGUAGAUGCAGUCUGGAGAGAUAGGGUCCUCACAGAGCUGGAAGUUGGCAAGUUGACUGAAGAACUUCAAGCGCUGGACUUGCGGAGACAGAGGGAGGCUGAAGAAAAAGUGAAGGCCAAGAUAAAGCUGGAGCAAAGCAGGAAGGAGUUGGAGGAGGAACAGAGGGCACAGAUUUGGCUUAGAGAGAAGGUCAACCAGCUGGAGCAUGAGAUGAGACUCCUGAUCCAAACACAUGGGGAGGAUGUAGCCCACCUGGAAGCCACACUGACACAUUCUAGAGCUACAUUAUCUUACACAUUUUCUCAAAAGGGCAACCAUACACCAAAUCUCCUUCAGUUGGGACAUGAAUACUCUCAGAGUGCCACCAGAGCAUGGCAGGAGGCAGCAGAGGCCUAUCAGGGCCAGCUGACUCGGUUAGAGGAGUCACUUAACCAGGCCGGGAGCCGUUUGACCCAAGUGGGCCAGGAGAAACGUGAGAGCCAGCUGAAGCUCCAAGCCCUGGAGAAGGAGAUCAUCUCAGCUCAGGAAAUCAGACAGCAUCUGGAGAAAACUGUUGCCCAGCAGACAGAUAAAUACAGCCAAGAGAUGCAGCAGCUCCAGGAGCACUUGGAGGCCUUAGAGGUGGAGAAGCACGAGCUUGGUCAACAGAUCGAUCAUAUCACGAUGGAGAACCGAGGCCUGAUGCAGCUGAAAAUGUCUCUAGGUCUCGAAGUAGCAACAUACAGAGCUUUGCUGGAUGGUGAAAGCCUGAGGGGAGAUGUGUCUGUGUUAAAUCAGCCAAGAAACAUUUCCAUCACAGAUGCAGUUUUCAGUUCUCAAGGGGUUAAAAAGAAUUACCAGACUCAGCUGUCUGCUAGCCGCAAAACCACUUCUCUCUCAUCUAUUCGCAGCAUAGCAGAACCAACAGUAAUGUCUACCACUCUAUUUUUAAGCAGAAAACCUGUAACCUCAAAUGAAACACCAAAGACUUCAGAGAAAUGUGCUGAUACUGAUGCAAGAAAGGCAGAAACAUGGGAGACCCCUUAUCCAAAAAUAAUGCAGGAUGGAGCUGUUGAAAAUUUUAGACCACAGGAAGUUUGUGAAAAAGUCACGUAUGCUGAGCCUUUGUCACCUCCUAAUGAGCCAGAAACUAAUGCUAAAGCACCAUCAGGGGACGAGGAAGCGGACUGGAAUGAUGUUGAUGUUGAAUGUUCUGAUGAAAGGCCAGUUGUUGAGUCAGUUGUCAGUUGUCAGGUUGAAUCUACCCUCAGCACUGAGCAAUCCUUCAAUGAUGAAGUUGGCCGUCACCAGUUUACAGCACCCAGCUAUACACCAUAUCAUGCAAAUUUGAAAGAAGAGCCCAGCAGUUUCCCAGAUGAGUCUGAUGAGGAUGUAGCUUUGUUAGGGGAAGCUGAAGAGCAAUAUAAGCAACAGGAUCCACUUGAUGCAUGUGUAAGGGAAGUGUGUACAGACAAAGAUACAGGGCAUAUUCAAGAGGAGAGUUCAGAUUCUGAAACAGAGGCAGUGAUCGAACCGACACCCGAAUCCAGGCCUAGCAGCCCAGAAUCUCAAUGUGAGCCUCCAGAAAGUGUUUUUAAUCAAGCUGUUGAUAAAAAUUUAGAUGUAAAUGUGACAAAUGGAGUUGAUCCAGCUGAAAUAAAACAAGAAAUAAGUUGUUCUAUGAUAGAGACAAACCAAAUGGAUGUCGAAGAUAAAUUAUACCCUGACGGAGAAGAGAUGGAUACAUGGGAUAGUGUAAUAGAAAGGAAGACUGAUGUAAAGAAAGACGAUUGCAUUACAAAUGAUGAAGUAAAAGGACAACAUGCUGAACCAGAGGAGGACAUAUCAGCAAGAGAACAAGUGAAUGAGCAGAAAGGAACCAUUAUGCAGGAUUUUGCUACAGUUGUACAGCAAGGCAACAUUAUGACUUCUUCCCUGAUUAACAAGCAAGCAGAUGACCAAGAGCACGCUGCAUUAGAGCAAGAGCUUGCUCCACCUCCUGAUAAUGAAGGAGAUGAUGAUGAAGAAGACUCUCAAAAUGUUUCCAUGUCUUGGAAGACUGAGCUGGAGGGUGACAGUUAUGCUCAGGAUAACACUCUGGCUGAUACUCGUCCUCUGAUCCGAUACAAAAGCGAUGAGACUGAUGCCAACACUCAGGCGUCACACAUGGAUGAGAGUGAGUCCAGUGAAGGUGAGCAGGAAAAAAAGAUCGGAGAGACAGGAACUGGAACGUGGAGUGAAAGCAAGGCAAAGAAAUUUGGAACAAUGGAAGAUCUGUGUGAAGAAGUUGAGGGAGAAACAAUGGAUGAUGAAUAUAAUCUGAGUUACACUCAUAUCAAAGAUGGGGAUGAUGAUGACGGUACAACUGUAAGUGAGCGCGUUAUCCAGGUGAAUGAUAAAGAAAGUGCAGAAGAAGGGAUCAGAGAUGGCAGUGAGGGACAUUCAGAUGAAGAAACUGAAGAACUAACAGAACACAUGGUACCUGCAAACAUAGCCUAUGACGAAGAGUUGGAAACGGACAAACUUGUGGAGCAGGAAUUAGAAAAUCUGUGCACAGACAACUAUAGUGCUCAAUUCGCGCAGCAGCAAGACGGCGACCAACUGCUAUACACGAAUGACGAGUCUGACCGUGAGAUAACAGAGGAAGAAGAGGACAUGUCUUACUGUGUGACUGGAAUAAAAGUGAACCAUGAACUUGUAUCUUCCACUGCAAUUAUAGAUCAAACUUCUGAAAACCCAAGUGUCAGUGAUUUGGCGGAUAUGACGCAUCACAUAGACACUGUGGAUGUAGAGGACAUCCACUAUGAAGAUCAAGAAGUGAAAGAUACCCCAGAGAAAAGAGAAGAAGAGGGUGGGCCUAAUGUGUCCAUGGUGACGCAUGCUGAUGUAGUAGAAGAUCAAUCUGGAUUUAGCAAAUUUAUGAGCAGUCCUGAGAUGGAAGAAAUCAACAACUCAGUGGAUCCAAAUUCUGUGUUACUCGUGACAACAGAUGAGGAAAAUGUGCAGGAUAUGGCAGCUCAGGAUGAGGUAAAAGAUGCUUUCCCUCUUGAAGUUAUCGGUCAGUCUCAAGAACAAGCUGAGAGUGAUAAAGAUUGCCAGGAGCUUCCUGAAGCUGAAUGGGAAGGAGACCCAAGAGAGGAUUUUGAAACCAGGGAUGAGAUUGAACAUGAUGAUAAAUGUCAAAAAGUGCCAGAAACCACAAACGAGGGUGAUGUUAUACACCAGGAGGAGCCCCUUGAGAUUCCCAAUGAAAGUACAGCUGAUGAAAAUGGUAUUUUUAAGGCAAAUGAUCCAGCAAACAAUGGGCUCAAUAGUCUCUUUUCCUCUGGCAUAAAGAGUGACUUCUGGGUGUCCUCUUUAGAGAGCGGUGCCACCUGUGAACCAGAUGAUGGCUGCAAUGAAGCAGCUGAGCAAACUAAUGAGAAUCUGGGAUUUGUUGACAACCUAGUCUGGGAGAUUACAGAAAACCAGAAUGCCUUUAACGGCAAGUCCAGGGUGGAUAUUGAGUCCGCGCUCACUACUAAGAGCGAGCAGGAACAAAUGCGUAAACAAGUAAAGCAGGUGUUGGGUAGAAAUGUUAGUGAGGGGGAGUUGGUUCAUUCUGAGGAGUCUGAAGCUGAAGCUGAAUUGUGGUCAUCUGGGGAGGAACCAGCAUAAAAAAUCAGUGAAGUUUUAGAUGUAGUGUUAGUCAAAAGUGUGUUUUCUUUAAAACCAAAGUUGUGCCUUGGUGCGCUCCUUAGUGACGCUAACCACCAAUGUGCCAAUUCUGUCUACAAACAUACUGAGCACUUGCCGUGUUUCACGUUUUCCUCAUUCCUAAUUGUUUAAAGGUUUCAGUCAAUUAGUGUGCAUGCUGUGGAAAAAGAUUGGGGGCUUUUGCAUGAGGGAACGGCAUGAUGAAAGAACAAAGAAUGUCAUUUGAAAGUCAAAGCAUUUAUUGAUUGUUUGCUAAUCUGAUUGUACUGACUAGUGGGAAUCAAUAAUAGCAGAAGGGUAGAAUUACUUGUAGAGCUACUAUUCAAAAAAACGACAGACAGCUAGUGUUUCUGUUAGUGAGUUAUUUCAUUUAACUAGACCAGAGUUGACUUGUUGCAUGUUUUACACAUGUAAAAUGAAUAACUGGUGGUAAAAUGGCAUAAAUCAGCUUAGAUAAGCAGAUAGUUGUGUUUGUAUUUGGCUGAUCUCAAAGAAUAAAGGUUUUUCCAUUCAUGAAAAUAUAUAAUACACUGCGGUACAGUUCCAGUUCCAAAAUAAACAAUAGCUUCUAGA